AUGUCCAUCAGUCCGCCUUAUUCAUACCCUGUCACAAAUUCCGACCUUAUCAAGGCUCAUUCCCUCAUCAAACAUUUCGAAGGUGGUUAUUUCGCUCAAACAGUCGGUCUAGAUUCAGUUUCACCUACAUCACCAACACCAACAUCCACCCAUGUUCCGAAAUCAACAGCAUUAGAAGGCAGAGAGCAGAUCGCUUCUGGAUCUGGGACGGAACUUCUCACACCGGCACCUAAUACCAUCACCGAGAUACAAGGCUCGGAGAAACGAACGGAUGCGACUCAAAUAUAUUAUCUUCUCACCCCCGAAUCAUAUAGAGGAAGAAUGCAUAUGAACUUGCAUUCUACCUUUCAUCUCCAUCAUUCUGGUCGAGCUUUAUACACACUCAUCAAACCGCCUUCUUCUCCAUCUGAAACCCCUACGGUCCAUCGUGUCAUCCUUGGUUCUGACGUGACACAGGGUGAAGUCACACAGCUCUUCGUCCCUGGAGGAUGGUGGAAGGCGAGCGAAAUCCCAGAUGAAGAUCUGCUCUUGCUCGAUGCACCUGAUGCUAAAGAAGCGAAGUUGGAUGAGAGAAUCGGUUGCUUGAUUAGCGAAGUGGUUGUUCCCGGCUGGAAUCCUGACCAACAUCAAUUUAUCGAUGAAGAUAAGCUCAAAACGAUGUGGGGAGGGAAAGCCGGAUGGGAGCAAUAUGUCAAAUACAUCAAAGCACCAGAAGGAUUGGAGUAUCCCGAUAAGUAG